AUGCUCAAAAGAGAUAGUUUAUCAAAUCAUCAUAGCAAAGAAAUAAGAAGGUAUUCUCACACGAAAGAAAAUUUUAGUUAUGAGUAUUCAGAAUACUUGAAUUUGUGCCUAGAAGAAUAUAAAAAGAACAUAUAUGAUUUAGAUUUAAUAAAUGAAAAUGAGGAAUGCAUGCGUGAAUUAGUAAAUUAUUAUAAUUACAUACACAGGAAUUAUUAUGAUAAUGUCAUAAAUGUUUUUGAGAACAAUAAUAAUGAAAAGACUUAUGCAAAUGAAAGUUAUGUUUUAAAAUUAGAUUUGUUAAAUAAAAGACAUGUAGAGGCUUUAUAUAAUAUUAGCAUUUUAAGUAUUUCAGACAAACUUAAGUAUUAUAUGUUAAGAGGUGAAAUAAAAAAAAAGAAAGACAUUACAGAAGAGGAUAAAAUAUUAGAUCAUGAAAGAACUAAUGAGAAUAGAGCACUUAAGAAAAAUGUUUAUACUAACGAUGGUAUUAAAGAGAUUGUAAAUACUGACGAAUUUACAAAUAAAGGGAAAUAUUUAGAUAAAAAUUCUAAAAUAUAUACAAAUGAUGAUCUGUCAUCAAAUGAAAUGAAAAGAGAAGAAGAAUUUGAUAUAAUAAAAUAUAUAUUUUACCUUAUAAGAUCAAUUGAAUAUUCUUUAAGUUCAGAAAAAGGAAAUUUAUCAUCAUUUUAUAAUUGCCUAAAAAUUUAUUUCUUUAGAGAUUCAGUUAACGAAAAUUAUUAUAAUAAUAUCUAUUUAUUAACUUUAUGUUUACAUUGUCUAGAAAAUAUAACUAGUAAUAUAGUUAUAUUUGAUAUAAAAGAAGUAGAAAAUGAGGAAUUAAACUUAAUGGAUGAAAAAAAUAGUUGCUCCAAUUCUAAUACUACUAGGAUGAAUAGCUUACAAAGUAACGUCAAAAGAAAAUACUCGAGUUCAAAUUUUAGAGAUCAUUCUUCUCCUAAUGAAAUGAACAGCAAUUUUCAUCAAAACAAUACAGUUAACAGUAAGAACAUAAACUACUUGAGAACAACAGCGAGAGAAAGAAAUUCUUUCAGAAUAUACAAUAACAAUGUAUAUUUUUACAAAUUUUUUUUUUAUCUUUUAAAUUUCUUAAAUUAUUAUUUAGAAGAUAUGAUAAAAGAUAGCUCCUUAUUGUAUUCGGAUAUGAUGAAAACACAAGCAGAAAAUAACGUACAUAGAAACAGAAAAGAACAGAUUUUAACAUCUUCUAAUGUAAUAAAUGGAAACACGAAUAGCAAUUUAUCAUCUUUUAUUGAUGGAAAAGAGGAAUUAUUUUUUCUGGGAAAAAAUCGAGUGGCAUAUUGUAAUAUUUUAUUGAAAUCGUUAAAUAUAAUAAAUAAUUUAAUGAAUUUAGAUUCUGUUAGAGAAAAAAUUAUGAAUUCAAGUAAUGAUCUUAAUGAGUUAAAAAUUUUUAUAUCGAAAUUCUAUAAAUAUUUAAAUGAAUAUGAUGAUGUUGAAAUAUACAAAAAUUUUUAUAUAAGUUUAUACAAAACAUAUAUAUUUAUUUUCCCUGAAGAGUUAGAAAAAGAAAACUAUUUUUCCCCUAUGUUACUUUUUGAAAAUAUUGUAAAUAACGGUAAUUUAAUUAGAAUGAGAACUAUUGUAGACACACUUAUAUUUUGUUUUAAUGAUAAAAAAUUUGUUUACUUUUUUGAAGAAAAUAUAAAUAUAACAAAAGUGCUUUUUAUAUUUGUCACUUAUUCAUCCAGAUUAUUAUCCAAUAAACAGUAUGAACUUAUAGCAAAUAUAUCAUUUCUUUUUUAUAUUAUCUUAAUUAAAUUUCCAAAUGUUUCCAUAACAAUAUUUCACAUUUUAAAUGAAAAUAAUGAUUAUAUUAUGAAAUAUAAUGAAGAUAAAAAAUUUAAUUCAAUUUUUAGUAAUAUAAAUGAAAACAUAAAUUUGCUAUUCUUAUCAACUAUCCAUAAAAAUAAAAACUUAGCAACAGUCAUUUCUCUCAUUUUUUCCAAGUUAAUUCAUUUAUACUGUCAAUUUUGUGCCAAAAAAAAUAACUUAGAUAUUGCUCAAAAUAUUGGGAAUAAUAAUAUUACCUAUGGAACACAUUUAAAUACAAAUAACUAUAGUUUAAGAAAUUUGAAUAGUUCAUAUAUUAAUGGUAACGGACAAAAUCCGAAUGUAGCAGUAAGUAAUUUAUCGAAAAAUUCAAAUGCAAAUAAUCUAAAUUAUUCCUGUGCAUCAAAUAAUGAAAACGAAGGAAGCAAAUUAUAUAAGGAAAUAUUCUGUAGAACAUUUGACAACAUAAAAACAAAUGAAAGAAAUGCUGUUAUAAAAGCUAUAUUAAUUAACUUACAUGUAAUUCCAGAUGUGUACUCAUCAAGUGCUAUAUUUCCAAUAGAAGGAAAUACGGAAAAAAUAAGAUAUAUAAUUGUUAUUAUUAAUUUUUUAUUUACGUUAAUGAAAACAAAAUUUUAUGAAACUAUACAUGAAAAUACUUUUGAAUAUAUAGAUUAUUUUAUCGAAGAACUAAAGAAGAGUGUUAACAUGAAAAAUAUUAAACUAGUUUGUGGUUAUAUAUCUCUUUUAUUAAAUUACUCAUUAAAUAAAAAAACUAAUAACUUAAACGAAACAGCUGAUUUGAAAUCUAGCAUAUUCAUAAAAAAUAUUCAUUAUAACAAUCAACCUAAUAUUAUUAAAAUACAUAAAGCGCUGUACGAAUCAGGAGCAUUAACAUUUUUAAUAUCUUCUUUAUACGAAUCAAAAGAUUCUCUAAUAAUUUAUAAUUGUGUCUAUUCCAUAUCCUUUCUAUUAUAUAAAAAGUCCAUUUUAGAUUUUGAUAAAAAUAUUGAACUUUCAAAUAUGAAAAUAGCAAUUUUAAAUAUAGUUAGGCAUUAUUACAAUUUAGACAGUUAUUUGGAAAAUUAUACAGAAAAUUUUAUUGACUAUAAAGGUUUUUUAAAAGGAAAUUCUAAAAAAAAUGUAGCAUUGCAAGAAGAUGAUACGUAUAACACAUUAUUGAAUAAAUUAAAUAAAAGGAACUCUUAUGAAUGUGAUGACAUAAAUAAAAAAUAUUUGUAUGAUGAAGAAAAUAGGUAUUUAUUAGGUGAAAAGAAUGACAAUUAUUUUUUAAAUCAUAUGAACUCAAAUUAUUCUCAAAAUUUCAAUAAAAAUAUUAGUAGUAACGAACAAAUAGGAAAUAGAAAUAUUUUUCCAUCUUUAAAAUAUAAAUAUGCAAGUGCAAAUUACGAAAAUUCCUUUUUCCUAAACUUCGAUAAAAUAUUUUUUGAAACAGUAAAAAACAGAAAGAGUUCUUUUAAUUUUUAUUUUGAUACCAUUUACAACACACAAUAUUUAUUUAAUUUUUUAUUACAUAAUUUUCUGUUUUAUUCAAAAGAUGCAGAUGAAUAUUCCAAAAAGUAUUUACUAAAUAUUCUAUUGCACAACAAUAUUACAAGGUCAUCUGAUAUUAACUUUUAUUCGAAUAAAAUAAAAAAUCUAAAUUCUCAGUUUAAUGAAUCACAGUCAAGAUUAGAACUUUACAAACAAGAUCUCGAGAGAUAUAAAGAUGUAAUAAAUGUGUUAAACAAAGAAAUUGAGGAGAAAGAAAAUGCACACAAUGCUUUAAUUCAAAAGAUUAGAAAGGAAAAUGAGAUGGAGAUUAACAGAAAAAUUCAAGAAAAUAACAAUCUGGAGAAUAUUAUUUCUCAAAAAAAUGAUAUAAUAGAUGAGUAUGUGCAAAAAAAACUACAAAGAAAAUAUGAAGAGGUAUAUUUACAAAAAAAAGAAGCAGAAGAAGAAAAUGUAAACAUAAAAAAUAGGACAGUUUCAUUAGAAUCAUUGUUAAAGUCUCUUCAGACGAAAUACACACAAAUACAGACACAAAAUAAAACAUUAAAUAAUAAAUUAACCGAUCAAACAAAUAGAAUCAAUGAAGGAAUAAACGUUAUUAAUUCUCUAACAAGUGAAAAUGAAAAGUUAAAAACUAUAGAAGAAAAUCAAAAUAAUGAAUUAGAGGGGACAUUCAAAAAAUUAAUUGUAGUUGUUAAAGAAUUAAGUGACAAAAAAAAAGAAUUAGACGAAAAAGAUAAAAGUAUUAAAAAAUAUAAUAGUGAUAUACAAGAACUCAAAACCAUAAUAAACAAAAGUGAUAAUGACUUAAAGGAACAAGCAUUAAUAAUUGAAAAAUUCACAGGCUUAAACAAAAACUUAGGCGAAGAAUUAAAUAAUGCCAAUAAAAACUUGGAAUUAUCAAAGAGAUACAUUAUGAAUUAUGAAAAAAAUGAGGAAGAAAUGAAAAAUAGAAUAAUGAAGUUAGAAAAGGAACUAUAUGAAAAAAAUGAAGAAUGUGAAAUAAAAACGCAGAAGCUAAUUCUCAAAGAAAAGGAAUUAUCUGAUAAAGAGAUACAACUUAAAAAAAUUGCAUCAGUCAUCAUUAAUUAG